UCAUUACGGUAAGGCGGGAGCUCCGGUGGGGGGUUCGGUGCUCCGGGUUUGUGAGAGCGCGGAGCGCGGCGAUGAUCAGCUUCUCUCCGCCGUCCGCUCGCUCCUGUGUCUAACGGCGAACGUUUCACCGGGAAACUAACUCGGACUCGCAGCUUGUAAACCUCAGGGGAGCCCACAGCAGGAGGAACGGAAAGGUGGCAUCAGGAGCGAGGUGUGAAAUCUGCAUCUAAUCCCAUCUGUUUUCAGUGUUUCCACCAUGACGUCGAAACCUCACCCACCUCUGAUGAAGAAACACAGUCAGACAGACCUGAUAAGUCGUCUGAAGAGCCGGAAGAUCCUGGGAGUCGGUGGCGAGGAUGAUGAUGGUGAAGUACAUCGCUCAAAGAUCAGUCAGAUGCUCGGAAAUGAGAUGAAGUUUGCAGUACGAGAGCCCAUCGGGUUGAGGGUGUGGAUACUUUUCUCAGCAGUCGGUUUCACAGUCAUGGCCCUGAUGGCCCUGCUGUUUCCCAACCAGCUAUAUGAGGUUGUGUUUGAGGAGGAGCUCUCCACAACUAGCAUCUCAGUUCGCCUAUAUGGAGGAGCGCUGCUCAGCCUGGCCCUCAUCAUGUGGAAUGGUCUGUACACAGCUGAAAAGAUCGUCCUCCAGUGGACCCUACUCAGUGAGGCCUGCUACUUUGCUGUCCAGUUUCUAGUGACGUCCAUCACCCUAAUCGAAAUGGGCAUCCUGCCUAACCCUGCCAUGCUCCUACUCCUCAGUCGAGUGCUCUUCCUGGUGGUCACUAUGGCCUACUACUACCACCUGGGGCGUAAGCCAAAGAAGAUCUGAGUUGCCUGAGUGAUACUUCCAGAGAGGGGACAGCUGAGCGCAGAUCACUAAUGUGGAGUCAGAAGGUUUGGAUUAACAUCUGACUGGAGCUUGAAGCGUUACUUUACCCAUGGAUGCCCCUGCCCCCUACCAUGGGACCUGAGCUAUUGAUACGCCCCAUAUUCAACUAAUGAGCACAAUCUCGCAUUCCAGAUCUCGAUCUCCAGCACAAACGAUAACCCUCAUAGUGAAAGUGAAUUUCACUUUCUGCAGGCUGAGGUGAAGCCCCAUUUGACACACAUUACUCUUUUGUGCAGUUGAGUGCUGUUAUCAUGAAGAAGGAACUGCUGUUUGUAGUGUAUUGCAUUGUUGUGUCAUCUAGUCUGUUAUUUAAUAUGUACAAAAUAAUACCAGACAUCAUGACUGUGUUGUACAUGUACAGCUGCAAAACCUCCAAAUUCAGUAUCAGUAUUUAGUGUGAUCUGUUUAAUUAUAAGCUUCACAUUCAAGGACUAAGAGUUUAAUAAUUCCUUUUGCUGUUGGAUAAUGUUAACGCAAACUGUUUGUAUGCUCAAGUGACAUAUUUGUGCUUUUGUAUGACUCUCUGACAACUAUUCAGUGAUCACAUUGAACCGGAACAAAUCCCUUACAAAUGUAAGAUUCAGGUGCAAUCAGAUAAACCUAAAACAUCGAGUAACAGUGAACCCUUCCUUUGGUCAGUGUUCUGCGAACGAAACUCUAAAGCUUAGCUUCUACAAACAAAUGCUGAGUCAUGACAGUUUUCAGGGACAAAGUUUUUUUUUUUUCUUUUUUUUUGUCAGUCAUGAGGUUUAACCAAAGUGAGUAGGAAUUGUUUCGUAGAGAAAUUCUAUCCUAUAUUAAUGCUGUAAUGCUGAUUUAGAAGAGAUAAAGAGAUGCAGUAGGCAGGCAGUAGUUUUCUUAGGGCUUCAGUUUGGGUGAUCCUACAAAAAGGGUUGAACUUUUUGAUCUUCUGUGUCUCAAGCUGAGUAAACAAACCUGAGCUGGUUCCUCUGUAGUGAUGUAGCAUAGAUUUUUUUUUUACACAAACCAUAUCCUUAGUCUUGCCUUAAAGCUACUUAAAAAACAGUCAUUAACACUGCAUCAUACUUACUGUAUAUAUGUAAAUAAACUUAUUUACUAUCAUCUAGUGUUUUCGUGAAACAAACAGGGACGUUCUUCAAUAUCAGUUCAACAGUUUUCAAAAGUUAAUAUUUUCUGUGUUUUGUAUUUUGUACCUAUUUAAGUGACAAUAGUGUUCUGGCGUCACGCAUGCAGAAUAAUCAGCCAAAAUAAAUAGUUUGACCUGUGUGAGCUGUGUAGCAAGUUGUGGCUAACGAGAACACAAAGCUGGCAAAGAUGUUCAUAGUGGCGAGUAGAUGCAUAAACCAAAAGAAGAAGGUGGUUUACAAAGCAAUUAAAAUCCAAAAUAUGUGUGCUUUAAAAUGGUCGAACAAACAACCGAACACGAACCCUUUUCACCCAAUCAGCUUGUAUUUCUACCUCCCAGUACUUUCUUCAGAUAUACAUCAUCACUAAUUUUCCAGCACUGGCCUCUGGGACUCAUAGGGCUAAAAAAGUUAUCUUAUUUUGUAGCUUUACCUAAAAGCAUACUCUAAUAUUGACUUCACUUGCAGCCCUCUUUCAGAGGUGGUCGAUAUUGUUGCAUGUGACCUCGUGGAGUCCUGCUUUAGAAGGGAGGGGUCCAGCGUGACAGUGAUUGUGGGUUUGCAAUUGCAUGUCCAGUAGACACAGAUGUGCGUGUUACUACUUAGGGAAGGCAAAACAUGGGUGAGGUCUCCUGCAGUCCCUGAAAAGUAGUAAUUAUCCUUUUACAGUGUUUAAUUAGAUACAGCUCUCCUGAGUGACAUUGUGUGCGCCAGCCUGCUACCCUGGUCUUACUUGCAUAGUAAUUAUGAAGUUCAAGAAAAAUGUCGUUCAGUUUACGUCGAUAGCACAGGCCACAAAUCAUCAGCCUUGUGCAGAACGUUCAAAGUUGUGUACAGCAGGUUAUUUUAGGAGAGAUGGGCACUUUCAAGGGGCACAGACGGCACACGGCUCAUUCAUUCUCCUCGUUCUCUGAAGUAUUGUGUGCAAUUAGUCAAUAUUACAUUGAUUCAUUGUGUUCUUGACCUUUUAAAUGAAUUGUUCAGUCCAUUCCAUCUGUGGAUUCACCGUAUAUUGUACUUCUAGUCAAUAACAUAGCAGGUUGCACUGUUUCAAGUUGUAGCAUUGUGUUUAUAUGUAUAUAUGUGCGAUAUUGUACCUCAGAAAUGAAACGUUAUGGAUUUCCACUAUUUAGUUUGAAAUAAAAAACACUAUUGCUUA